AUGAGACAACAAAUUGAUACAAAAAUUAAUUCUCAUAUAUCCGGAGAAGCUGAUGAAUGCCUUUUCGAAUAUUUACAUGCUGAAAUGGUUAAUUAUGUUCUUGAUAAAUCAUAUAAAACUAAGGAAGGGGAAGAAGAACUGUCUCGACUAGAGUGGAUGGGCUUCAGUGUUGGCUAUAGAAUCAUUGAACGAUUGACCCGAGAAUGGAAUCGAUUUAAAGAUGAACUGGAUAUGAUAAAAUUUAUCUGUACUGAUUUUUGGACCAGUCUUUAUCAUAAACAAAUUGAUAAUUUAAGAACAAAUCAUCAUGGUGUAUAUGUAUUACAAGAUAACUCAUUUCGGUUGUUGGAGAAAGUAGGUACCAAUAGUAAUAAACAAUAUCUUCAAGAAAGCCCACGUUUAUUGACAUUUACUUGUGGACUUUUAAGAGGAAGUUUAGCAAAUCUUGGAAUUAUUAGUACUGUUAAUGCAGAGAUUUCUACAUUACCAAGUUGUAAAUUUCAUGUACAAGUUCAAAGAAUUUAA